AUGGAGAAAAUCCAGCGUGCUUUGAAUGCCACGCUGCAAUUCUUGCAGAAAAGCGACAAGUUGGAUGCCAAGGCCUAUGCUGAAAUCGAAGCAAGCCAAGUAGCAUCGCUGAUCAGAAGACUCAACGAUGUGAAACUCGAGAUUGAUGACGCUGCAGCUUUGACUGAAACCAUUCAGUCUUCAGCCCUUAUGGAUGGCAACAAGUCAUGCCUGACCAGAGCCAUCAGCAGCAGCCUUUGCAAAGAGGAGCUGCCGGGCGGUAAAUCAAGGCAGACACUGCUGUCAGGUUUUCUCAAUUACCUCACUGCCGAAGACAGAGAAGCUUUGCAGAAUGAGGAGCAGCAUGCAUUCACGCGAGCAACCUGUGCUGUGAAGCGAUGCAUCAAGCUUGAGGUGGCAACUCUUGUGCAAAAGUUCGAAAUGGCCUCGACAGCUGAUGAGUGCAACGCCCUCUUGAGAGAGUACAAGCGUUGUCUCAAGAGCUCAAGGGCUGGGCUGCAACCUUCAGUGCCUGAGUUCCCUGCUGACCCGAGAUCGCUUCCACCAGGAGUGCUGGAGCAGGCUUAUGAUGGCCAAGAAGCUGAAGUCCUGCAAGUGGAUGAGAGCCCCAGCAAGGAGCUGACAAUGGGUGACAAGAAAGCUUCGAGCAAGAACCCUACUGACUUCUUCUCAAUGAUGCAGAGCAUGCAAGGCAUGCAGGCAAACAUGAAGAACUGGCAACGCAUGCAGCAGAUGAUGAUGCAGGUGAACAAUGAUGAUCAGGAUCAGCCUUUGAGCAACCUGGUGGUUUUUCCAAACAAGAAACGAAAGUCUUUGGAAUCUACAGCAUCACCUGCGGCCAGUGCUGGGCAGGGCGCUGCGCUCGCCCUGCAGGACCAGGAGGUCCGCAAAGAAGUUCAAUCACCUGAUGUGCCUGCUCCUUUUCAAGUUCCUGCAGCUCAACCCCUUUUGGCUGCUGCACCUGCAGAUGCUGCGCAGGAAGUCGACGAUCAUGCCUUGGAAAUGAAGAAAGCCUUUGAGAAACGCGCGGCCAUGAAGAAGCCAGCCUGUGCUCCAAAGGCCACACCCAAGGCAACAGUCAAGAGUGCUGCAAAGGCCAAACCCAAGGCCACACCCAAGGCAACAGUCAAUAAUGCUGCAAAGGCCAAACCCAAGGCCGGUGGCAAGACUGUUGCAAAGGCCACACUCAAGGGAGCUUCCAAGAGACCCAGCAUGAUCCCCAAAGGUGGCCCAACAUGCUACUAUUUGACGGGCAAGAUCCAUCGCAGUGACACCAGCACCUGCUGGAGAGUUUUCAGACAUUCUUCAGGUAGGUGCGACCUGAAGGUGAACUGGAAAGGGUCACCAUCCACUGCCUGGGAUCGAGCCUGCAGCGUCAUCGAAGAAGCUGCUGGCAAAGGAGGUGCGAAGUGA